UUCUUCUACCAUCCCACCUCUAUCAUCUUCGACCUGCUCGGCGCUCGUUAGCCUUUUCUGUGGAGUGGACUACACUUCCCACAAUCCUCGUCGCUGCUUUACCUUUGCCGAGCAUCGUUUUCCUCAGCCAAUGGGAGCGCGUCCUGUGGGAGUCUGGCAUGUUGGUCGUUCGACUCCCAGGAGAAGAAGUGGAAAGAAGUUUGGAGCAGAAGGAGAAGGAGUGGAGAUGUUUCACGCGAGGAUGGAGGGCUCGGAACCGCUGGACUAACACACGCGCGCUUGUUUAAACGGCUGAGACGCGUCGGUUCGGAACCGCGAGCGGAGUUUUUUCCUCGCCGCGCGUCUGGAGUUUGGACUUUUCCCUCGGUCUCGCUCGGAGGACGGACGGCUGUUUUCGGGGAGCUCGACCGUUUCCACGGUGCCAAAAUGUCCGCGGCGGCGCAGCUCCGCGCUCUGCUCCUGCUGUUCCUCUCCGGCGUGGCGCUCGUUUGCGGAGAUCCCGAGAGUUCGGCUCCGUGUCCUGCUCCAUGCGCAUGUGUGGGAACUUUACUGGACUGUGGCCGCAGGCUCGCGAAAGGAGCGGCACCGCCGAGGCUCCCCGCUUGGGUCACGCAGCUGGACCUGAGUCAUAACAAAUUACGAGCUCUUCCUGGAGGUCUGUUUGCCGGUCUGCAACACCUGAGUGAAAUAAAGCUGAACAACAACGAGUUUGAGACGAUACCAGAUUUUGGCUCGUGUUCUGGGAACAUCAGCGCUCUGAUUCUAGCUAAUAACAAAAUCUCAAAGAUAUCGCCGGAGCAGCUGAGGCCGCUGGUUGCUUUGGAGACGCUGGACCUUGGCAAUAACAACUUGGUGGAAGUGAGGGCAGGAGCUUUUCCUCCUCUACCUCUGAAAAACCUGUACAUGAAUAACAACCGCAUCUCCGUUUUGGAACAUGGCUGCUUUAGCAAUCUGUCCAGCACUCUGCUGGUGUUGAGACUGAACAGGAACCGUCUGAACUUCAUUCCUGCCAAGAUCUUCCAGCUCCCCAGCCUUCAACACCUAGACCUGAGCAGGAACCGGGUGCGGCGCAUUGAGGGCCUGACCUUCCAUGGGCUGCACACGCUCCGCUCUCUGAGGAUGCAGAGAAACGGGAUCACCCGGCUGAUGGACGGAGCGUUCUGGGGCCUCAGCAACAUGGAAGUUCUGCAGCUGGAGUAUAAUAAUUUGACGGAGGUGAGUAAAGGCUGGCUCUACGGGCUGCUUACCCUGCAGCAGCUGCACCUGGCUCACAACGCCAUCAGCCGCAUCAAACCAGAUGCCUGGGAGUUCUGCCAGAGACUCGCCGAGCUGGACCUGAGCUCUAAUCAGCUGGCGCGGCUGGAGGAAGGCAGCUUCAUGGGCCUGAGCGUGGUCGAGCAGCUCUCCAUCGGCUACAACCGUGUCAGCUUCAUCGCUGACGGAGCCUUCAGGGGUCUCUCCCACCUGCACACGCUGGAUCUGAAAUACAAUGAAAUUUCCUGGACCAUCGAGGACAUGAAUGGACCCUUUUCUGCGCUAAACAAUCUUCGAAAACUGUUUCUUCAAGGGAAUCGCAUUCGAUCAGUUACCAAGAAGUCCUUCACUGGGCUUGACCUGCUGGAGCAGCUUGACCUGAGCAACAAUGCGAUCAUGUCGAUUCAAGGCAAUGCUUUUUCCCAGAUGAAGAAACUGGAGGAACUGCACCUGAACACGUCGAGCCUGCUGUGUGACUGCCAGCUGAAGUGGUUCCCACAGUGGGUGGCAGAGCACGCCUUCCAGCCUUUGGUCAAUGCCAGCUGCGCCCAUCCACAGCUGUUGAAGGCCAAGAGCGUCUUCGCCGUCAGCCAGGAUGAGUUCGUGUGCGAUGACUUCCCCAAGCCUCAGAUCACCGUGCAGCCAGAGACACAGUCGGCAAUCAAAGGCACCAAUGUCACUUUUGUGUGCUCGGCGGCCAGCUCUAGUGACUCUCCCAUGACCUUCGCCUGGAAGAAGGACAACGAGAUCCUAAACGACGCAGAGAUCCACAACCAGGCCCACCUCCGCUCACAAGGUGGUGAGGUGAGCCAGGUCACGGAGUACACGACCACUCUGCAGCUGCGCCACGUCGAGUCCUCCAGCGAAGGGAAAUACCAGUGCGUCAUCUCCAACCACUUUGGCUCCACUUAUUCCGCCAAGGCCAAACUCACUGUGCACAUGUUGCCUUCCUUUACCAAAAUGCCCAUGGAUCUGACCAUCCGUGCGGGAGCCACAGCCCGGUUAGAAUGUGCCGCCACUGGGCACCCCACUCCUCAGAUCGCCUGGCAAAAAGAUGGAGGAACUGAUUUCCCAGCUGCCAGAGAACGGCGAAUGCAUGUUAUGCCCAGUGACGCUGUGUUCUUCAUCGUUGAUGUGAAAACGGAAGAUAUCGGCGUGUACAGCUGCACAGCUCAGAACACCGCUGGGGCAAUAUCUGCUAACGCUACACUAACUGUACUGGAAACCCCCUCUUUCCUACGGCCGCUGAUGGACCGCACUGUGGCUAAAGGUGAGACUGCCGUGCUUCAGUGCAUUGCUGGUGGAAGCCCCCCACCCCGUCUCAACUGGACCAAAGAUGACAGUCCCCUAGUGGUGACUGAACGCCACUUCUUUGCCGCUGGAAACCAGCUCCUGAUCAUUGUGGAUGCGGCAGAGGGUGACGCUGGUACCUACACUUGUGAGAUGUCCAACCCCCUGGGCACAGAGAGGGGCAAUGUCCGCCUGGCUAUUCUGCCCAACCCUAACUGCGACUCAGGCCAGACGGGCACAGGGGUGCUGGGCCCAGUCAGUGGGUCAGAGGAAGAUGGAUGGACCACUGUGGGCAUUGUCAUCAUUGCAGUGGUCUGCUGUGUCGUGGGAACGUCAUUGGUGUGGGUGGUCAUCAUAUACCACACACGCAGACGUAACGAGGACUGCAGUGUCACAAACACAGAUGAGACAAACCUGCCAGCAGAUAUUCCCAGCUACCUGUCCUCUCAGGGAACUCUGGCGGAGCGGCAAGACGGCUAUGUGCCCUCCGAGAGUGGCAGCAAUCACCAGUACCUGAGCUCCUCUAUGGGAGGAUUUUACAUGCAGCCUAAGGACAUGAAUGGUCUCUGUCAACUGGACACGGGAAGUGAAGCGGACAUGGAGGCGGCAAUUGACCCUCUGCUUUGCCAUUACCAAGGGCCCAUCAGCUCCCUGCUGAGAAGAGGCAACCUGUACAGCCAAGAGCCCACAGACACAUAUACAGGCUGUGCUGCUGACCAGAGCUCUGUCUGCAGGGACUCUUACAGCGCAACGCUCCCCAGCUCGAAGAAGAGGGACUAUUACCCCUGUGCUGGCUCCCUGUCCUCUGAUCCCUUUGAGCACAUGAGCCCUGGGCUGCUGAUGCAGCUGCCCAUCGGGGGCCUUCACGCGCCCCCACACCUACAGAAUGAGUGCCCCUGCCCAGGGGAGUGUGAGUGUGGUCAGCCGCGGCUGUUUUCUGGUUCCUACAUGGGUACGUUUGGUAAAGCUCCAUGGAGACCUCAGCAAGAGCUGUACCCCAGCCUGUGUACCUCAGUCUCUCAUAGCGGAGUUACACUUCACGAGAAUCCCUACGCUGCCCUUGAUACCGACUCUGACCGAGAAGAGGACCUUUCCCGGCACCCUACAGUGGACCUGGACAGCAGUGUAUACGAUCAGCCCUUCAGCAGCAACAGCCACAGGACCCUCAGCUCUCAGCCGUGCUCAUAGCACCACGGCCGGAGCCAGAACAAGAAUACUGUUAAAGAGGAGGACCAAAAAAGGAAUUCUACCUCAGAAUGGACGCUCCUCAUGUGCGCUGGCUUGAAUGUAAAAGAUAAAAUCAGACUGUUUUAAAA